AUGUCAGAGCUACCCGAUUACUACGCUAUACUCGAAGUCGCCCCUGACAGCGACCAGGAAGCGAUUAAGAGGGCUUACAAGAAAGCCGCGCUGAAAUGGCACCCCGAUCGCGUCGCGGCCGACUCGGACGAGCGUCCAAAGCGUACGAAAAUGUUCCAAAGGAUCAAUGAUGCCUACUACACCCUGUCGGAGCCCACGAGGCGGCGAGAGUACGACGAAGCGAGGCGAUUCCACGGCACUGCGAGCUUUGACGAGUCUGCCGACGAAGAUAUACCCAGGCCGCCUCCUCAGGCAGGAGGGCAGUCUUGGUUCAACAUGUUCGGCUUCGGCCGACCCGCAGGAGACACGCAAGAAGACCAGUUUGCCAAUGACCAGUUCAGGAACGCGUUCGAGGAGAUGAUGCAGGAGGACGACCUGGCGGAUGACUCGCACACUCCCACCAAACGGUUCUGGACAAUCGCUGGAGGUAUUUCCGGCGGUGUGCUCGGUUUCAUCGUGGGCAAUUCGGUCGGGAUGGUUACGGGCGCCGCGGCUGGCAGUAGGAUGGGUGCCAUACGGGACAAGCAUCAGAAAUCGGUCUAUGAGGUGUUUCAGUCGCUCGAACAAGGCCAGAAGGCCCGCAUCUUAAGCGAGCUUGCGGCGAAAUUGUUCAGCGGGGCGAUCAGUUAA